AUGGCGACGGUGCGUAUGGCCUGGGCCCUCUGGGCAGCGCCUGUGGGCGGGAGGCUCCGGGGCCCCCGAGGCACCGGGAGCACCAGGAGGCUGAGCUGCGGCGCGCGGCGGCAGGCGACCAGGGGUACCAGCCCGGGACGCCGGCUCAGCACGGCUUGGGGGCCGGCCCAGCUAGCCCGAGAGGAGGCCGAGGGAGCCAAGGACGACGUCCAUCCGUCUGCAGCGGAGGAGCCGUUGUGGACGCAGCCCCCCGCGCCCCCGGUGCCCCCCGAUUCCCCGGGGCCCCCCGCCGGCCGCUCGCUGGUGCAGCGAGACAUCCAGACCUUCCUGAACCAGUGCGGGGCCAGUCCCGGGGAGGCGCACCACUGGCUCACGCAGUUCCAGGCCUGCCAUCACUCCGCCGACAGGCCCUUCGCCGUCAUCGAGGUGGAGGAGGAGGUGAUCAAGUGCCCGAAGGCCGUAUCCAGCCUGGCCUUCGCCCUGGCCUUCCUGCAGCGCAUGGACAUGAAGCCAUUGGUGGUCUUGGGGCUGCCUGCUCCCACGGCGCCCUCGGGCUGUCUUUCCUUCUGGGAGGCCAAGGCACAGCUCGCCCAGAGAUGCACGGUGCUGGUGGACGCCCUGCGGCACAAUGCGGCAGCCGCCGUGCCUUUUUUUGGCGGCGGGUCUGUGCUGAGCGCUGCUGAGCCAGCCCCUCACGCCAGCUACGGUGGCAUCGUCUCUGUGGAGACCGAUCUGCUUCAGUGGUGCCUGGAGUCCGGAAGCAUCCCCAUCCUGUGUCCCAUUGGGGAGACCGCCGCGCGCCGCUCGGUGCUCCUGGACUCGCUGGAGGUGACCGCGUCUCUGGCUAAGGCGCUGCGGCCCACCAAAAUCAUCUUCCUCAACACCACAGGCGGCCUGCACGACGGCAGUCACAAGGUCCUGAGUAACGUGAACCUGCCCGCCGACCUGGACCUGGUGACCAAUGCCGACUGGGUGAGCACUAAAGAACGCCAGCAGAUUCGGCUCAUCGUGGACAUACUCAGUCGCCUGCCCCAUCACUCCUCCGCCGUCAUCACCGCUGCCAGCAUGUUCCUCACGGAGCUCUUCAGCAACAAGGGUUCGGGGACGCUGUUCAAGACUGGCGAGCGGAUGCUGCGAGUGCGUUGCUUGGACAGCCUGGACCAGCGCCGCCUCGUGAACCUGGUCAACGCCAGCUUCGGCAAAAAGCUCCGAGACGACUACUUGGCCUCGUUGCGCCCGAGGCUGCACUCUGUCUACUUCUCUGAGGGGUACAACGCGGCCGCCAUUCUGACCACGGAGCCCGUACUGGGGGGGACCCCGUAUCUAGACAAGUUUGUGGUGAGCUCCAGCCGCCAGGGCCAAGGCUCCGGCCAGAUGCUGUGGGAGUGCCUGCGGCGGGACCUGAAGACGCUUUUCUGGCGCUCCCGGGUCACCAACCCCAUCAAUCCCUGGUACUUCAAACACAGCGAUGGCAGCUUCUCCAACAAGCAGUGGAUCUUCUUCUGGUUUGGCCUGGCUGAUAUUCGGGACUCUUAUGAGCUGGUCAACCAUGCCAAGGGUAUACCGGACUCCUUCUGCAAGCCAGCUUCUGACCCAGGCAGCUGA